AUGAACACUGUACUGCGCUUGCACGCACUAGCUGUGGCGAAGCGCAGCGCGGCUCUUUGCAAAGGCCCGGCCGUGUGGACGAGAAAUGCUGGUGUUGCGCGGCUUCACAACAGUGCGCGCCUUGCGGAUCUGCAAAAGUUUACCAUGCCUGCCAUGAGCCCGACCAUGGAGGAUGGCGGGAUUGCGUCGUGGAAGAAAAACGAGGGCGACGCGUUUCAAUCGGGUGAUGUUAUUUUGGAGGUCGAAACCGAUAAGGCCACCAUGGAAGUCGAGGCCCAGGACGACGGCGUGCUGGCCAAGAUUGUGAUGCCUGCUGGCUCCAAGCACGUCCCGGUCAACUCCACUAUUGCGAUCAUCGCCGAGGAGGGCGAUGAUCUCUCCGGUGCUGACGAGCUUGCCAAGCAAGCCGAGAAAGAGUCUGCCUCAGCUGCCUCCUCGUCCGGUUCGGAGGACGAGCCUGCGGAAAAGGACAAGGGUGAGGAGGAGCCCAAGAAGCAGAAGGACGCACCUGCACCUGCGCCGCCCAAGCCCGACACAUCCGCGCAAAAGUCCAGCAAUGAUGCGCCCAUUGAGCGCAUAUUUGCUACGCCGAUUGCUCGCCGCCUUGCCCAAGAGCGCGGUAUUCCUUUGCGCGACGUCAAGGGCACUGGCCCCGAAGGACGCAUCCUAAAAGAGGAUAUUGAAAAGUUUACCGGCUCCUCGGCCGCUGCGUCUGGGCCUGCUGCGCCUGCUGAAGCUUCUUACACGGAUGUGCCACUCUCCAACAUGCGCCGUACGAUAGCCAAGCGCCUUACCGAGUCCAAAACAAGCGUCCCAGACUAUUAUGUCUCUGUGGAUAUCGACAUGGACAAGGUUAACCAGCUGCGCUCCUUGUUUAACCGCGCGUCUGCAGAGCGCAUCAACGAUGCUGAAAAAGCACGCGCCGCCAAACUGAGCGUCAACGACUUUUUGAUAAAGGCUGCUGCGAUUGCACUGCAGCAGGUUCCUGCUGUCAACUCGUCGUGGCACGGCGACUUUAUUCGCGAGCACCAAGUCCAGGAUAUCAGCAUGGCCGUAUCAACGCCCAACGGCCUCAUCACGCCCAUUGUGCGCAACGCUGGCGCGAUUGGCCUUGCUGGCAUUUCCGCACAGAGCAAGUCGCUCGCUGUUAAGGCGCGCGAUGGAAAGCUGAAGCCGGAAGAGUACCAGGGUGGCACGUUCACCAUAUCGAACAUGGGCAUGAUGGGCGUGUCUAAUUUUACUGCUAUUAUUAACCCGCCACAGAGCUGCAUUCUUGCCAUUGGCGCGACGCAGGACAAGAUUGUGCCAGAUGAUGCUUCGGAAAAGGGAUGGCGCAAGGCACCGAUCAUGACGGCGACCAUCUCUUCGGACCACCGUGUUGUGGACGGCGCUACAUCUGCGCAGUGGAUGCAGGCAUUCAAGAAUGCACUCGAAAAUCCCUUGUCGUUUAUGCUGUAG